UAUCAGCUCAGCACUGGCGAGCUUCGGAGUGCUGCAUGCACGGCUCCUUCAGAACUUUUGUAAGCGAUCUUUGAGCACUGGCUGGCUCUCGGACACCGCACGCUAUUGCAAUUCCAAGUUCGUGCGCCGCACGCCCACAACAUCAAGAUCCAUCUGGUCGCAGUCACCCCGAGAUCCCUUGAAGUCCAUGGAAUUGGAGGCAAAUACAAGCGCAGAGGGAAGGCUGCUCCAUUUCGAUGCCACUGCACGCAAAUGGAUUCCCUCGAUGGCCCAUGUCCCAGGCCAAACCGUGGCAGAGUCACCUCCGCGGCUGUCUCUCUUGUCCUGGAACAUCGACUUUGCUGGCUCCCUAUUGAUCACCCGCUUCAAAGCCGCGCUGGAUCACCUCGAGAGCCUUCUUUCCCAACCCUCAGCGCAGCCCACAGUCAUCCUACUGCAGGAGGUCGACCAGGACUGCUUCGCGCCCCUUCUGGCACACGACUUCAUCCGCACCCGCUACCACGUCACGAACGACGCGUCUCCCCAAAGCUACAGCACGCUGACGCUCGUCCCGAACCCUCUCGCCGCGUACGUUUCCGCCGUGACGCGUGUGCCCUUCGCGCGCGGUUCGGAGACGCGCAUGAGUCGUGACUGUCUAUACGUCGACUUGGACCUGCACCUGCCGCAUGCCGAAGAGCCAUCCGCCCUCUUCCGACUGCGGAUCGCCAACACCCAUCUGGAGUCGCUCCGCGGCUUUGGCGACGCGGCACGCCCCAAACAGCUGGCAAAGAUCGCGAAGUUGUUGACGGCGCCAGGGAUUGACGGUGGUGUGGUUGCGGGCGACAUGAACUGCAUCGCCCCAACUGACCAGGAUCUGGCCGAGAAAGUCGGUCUCGCGGACGCGUGGGUGAAGAAAGAGGGUGACGAGUCAAACGCUGAAGGAGACGACACAGGCGAGGCGGACGGUCAUACCUGGGGCUACCAGCCUAAAAAUCGGUUUCCACCGCGCAGGAUGGACAAAGUCCUUUUCGCCGGAAACGUAAGCGCUACGAUUGUUCAGCGUGUCGGAGUGGGGCUGCGAGUAGAGCGCUACAAAAAUCCGGUGUGGGUCAGCGAUCAUUAUGGACUGUUAGCAUCAUUAGCGUUCAGCCGACCUGCCAUUGAGAGCUGAUACAGAUACAUAGACCACGCAUAUAUCCUCUGGUAUAAAUAGAUACAGCAGAGAUUGUCUACGAGGAAGCCCGGUCCCAGCUGCCAUCACUCCUGUUCGCGGGACUCGCGGCCCCAGAUGCCGGCUCGUCUCGAUAAUGCGAUGAAGAUCCCGCCUGGGGUUGAUCAGUCGGCUGAUCCCGAUACGCGCCCUCGCGCGCAGUGGAAGUCAACCGCGUCUGCUCAUCAGCUUCAUCCUCGUCAUCCGAGACCUCUCCAAAUGCAUCAUACAGCUCCUUCGUUCGCCCCCCACCGCUCGUCCGACCGGACCUGACGCCACUCAUCGGAACGUCAUCGCCCUCCGGCAGCGUCGAGUAAUUGCGCAACUGUCUCGCCCGGCGACGCCAGAAGAAGAUCCCCGCGCCAGCGAUGAAGACAGCGACAGCACCGAUGGCGACAAAGAACCAUGCCUGGCUCUUGACCAGGUUCGACAUGUCCGAGAACCAGCCCUCGUCGGCAGUCGGGUGGCUCGACCGAGUGCUCGAGGGGCUGGGCGAGCUCGAGGCAGUCGGAGUAACCGACAACGACGUGCUAAACAACACACUGUCGUCAACGGGCUUGCCUUGUCCAGGGAACGUCGCAUUCGUGUUUUCCCCGGCUGCAUCCCCGUGAUCACCUGGAAGAUGCGCAGUCGGUUUCGAGUGUUGCUUUGUCGAGCUGGCGGCCAAGGAUGUCGUCGGGUUUGGCCGGGGAGGCGGUACCGCAUCGACUAGCGGAGGGAAGAUCACAUCGUCAUCGUCAUGGGGAACUUGGAACGGGAAGGCCUUCGAUCCAUCGACAGCAGAGCCCCAGAACAUCAUGUUCCAGCCCAAGAAGCUUCCGUUGGUUUGAGACGAAGCAGAGCUUGUCACUUUGAUCGUCCAAUCUCCAUGGGGUUUUCGCCCCAGUGCUUUACAGACAUGAAAGUCCACCCAGGAUA